UUCAACCUCCUCAAAUCUAUUCUGGGUGAAAGGGGGGAGCGAUCCUGCUGCCCGGUAAGGAGCCCAACGUAAGCUGAUAGUACCACGUCCAAGUCGAGCUCCUUAGUCGCUUUUAAACCGCGUUGCGUGUACCGGCGUAAUAUUUAUAUACGUUUUACGUUUUCUUCAGAGUACUAAGAAAAAAACUCAGCAGCCAUGGACGCGAUCAAGAAGAAGAUGCAAGCGAUGAAGCUUGAAAAAGACAACGCGUUGGAUCGCGCUACCUACAACGAACAAUUGGCCAAAGAUGCCAAUCUUCGUGCCGAAAAGGCCGAAGAAGAAGCACGUCAACUCCAAAAGAAGAUUCAGACCAUUGAAAAUGAUCUUGACCAAACCCAAGAACAACUUACCCAAGUUUUGGGAAAAUUGGAAGAAAAAGAAAAAGCCUUCCAAAACGCUGAAUCCGAAGUGGCCGCCCUCAACCGUCGUAUCCAACUUUUGGAAGAAGAUUUGGAACGUUCCGAAGAACGUCUCGCCACUGCCACAGCUAAAUUGGCCGAAGCUUCACAGGCAGCAGAUGAAAGCGAAAGGCAACGCAAGAUUCUCGAGAACCGCUCGUUGGCAGAUGAAGAACGUAUGGACGCUUUGGAGAACCAGCUUAAAGAAGCCAGAUUCUUGGCAGAAGAAGCUGACAAAAAAUACGAUGAGGUAGCCCGUAAAUUGGCCAUGGUAGAAGCUGAUCUUGAAAGAGCAGAAGAACGUGCCGAAGCUGGCGAAUCCAAAAUCGUAGAACUUGAAGAAGAACUUCGCGUAGUAGGUAACAACCUUAAAUCCCUCGAGGUCUCUGAAGAAAAGGCCAACCAACGCGAAGAAGAAUACAAAAACCAAAUCAAGAACUUGACCACCCGCCUAAAGGAGGCUGAAGCCCGUGCUGAAUUUGCCGAACGUUCAGUGCAAAAAUUGCAAAAAGAGGUCGACAGACUAGAAGACGAACUUGUCGCAGAAAAAGAACGUUACAAGGAAAUUGGAGACGAUUUGGACACUGCUUUCGUCGAACUUAUUUUGUAGAUUCCUCCUUUAUCCCACUCUCUUUUAAGUUUUGUGUUCGUUAAUAAUUUUACAAUUUGGUUAAGCGACUCUUUUGACAUCUUUUUAAUGACUAAUUUGCAAAAUUAUUGAAUCACUUAUGUUUUUUUCUUCUUUUAGAUUUAUUUGUGUUUCAAAUGUAAGAUUUCUAACUUUGUUGUAGUACCACAAACAAAUGGAAAUAUAUUUAUUUAUGCACUUAUUA